AUGGUUGAAGUGGAUGUCCAGGAGCUGCUACCGAAUUCAUUGACAGUGGAUAUCCAUGGAUGUGAUUGUACCAUUGAUUUGGAAUAUGAAUGGAAGCCCACAUUGUGCGCUGUAUGUAAGAGACUAGAUCACACUGAAGCUCAAUGCCCUCAGAAGUUGUUGCAGACAAGACAGAUUAAACCUAAGAAGAAGAUGGAAAGAUGGGUGGUACCACAAAGUGACAUAAGUAAGGUGGAUUCUAAGGAGGGUGUUCAGAAGCAGAAGGAUAAUUUUCAACUUGUGGAAGUUAACAAUACAAAUGAAUUGACGGAUGAAGUAGUUAACUCUCAAGAGGAUAACUUUUCUUUAGAAGUGUAUCAAGAGAUAACUCCAAUUAUCAGAGCAAACAGAAGGUGGGCAAGAGGUGGAGGAUCAUGCUGGGUCAAUGAGGAGAGGGCUUGUAGAAUUCAGAAGAAAAUUUGUCCAGGUUGGUCUUGGUUGGCUAAUUAUAGUUCAAAUAAGUUGGGGAAAAUUUGGUUUGGAUGGAAUCCUGUCUUGUUUAAUGUGGUUUUGCUGAAGGAAGAUUCUCAAAUCAUGUUGUUGCACGUUAAACAUAUUAUGUCUGGUACUAUUGUGUAUGUUUCUGCUGUGUAUGCUGCUAAUAAGGCAGCAGAUAGAAUGGAGCUAUGGAGUUCUCUCAGGGCUCAUGAAACUACGAUUGCAGGGCCUUGGAUUGCCUCAGGUGACUGGAACAUGGUUAUGGCUAAUCAUGAGAAGAAGGGUGGUAAGAGAGUAUCUCAGAAAUUACUUGAAGAAUAUAAUGGGGUUAUAUUUGACAUCUGUAUGGAAGAAAUGCCUAUAAACAAUGGAGAAUGGUCUUGGUAUAACAAACAAAAAAUUCAAACUAUGAUUAAUGCUAAACUUGAUAGGAAAAAACUUGGAGAAGUUAAGAUUGCUAUCAAAGAAUGGAAUAAAAGGAAGGGGAUUAUGGCAGAGCAAGUGUUUGCAGCUAGGGAGGAAUUACAUAAAGUUCAAAUGCUGAUGUUGAAUGAUCCAGUUAAUUUUGAGUUGAUACAGCAGGAGAAAGAGGCUAGUUGUAAGUAUCAAAAUUCUUUGGACUUGGAAGAGAUAAUGUGGGCACAGAAGUCCAGAGUUCAGUGGCUCAAAGAGGGGGAUAAGUGUACUGCCUUUUUUCAUAAUGUGGUGAAGCAAAGAAGAAGUAAUAAUGCAAUUACAGCUUUAAAAAACACUACAGGUGAACUGUCCUCAGAUUCUAACACAAUUAAAGAGUGGUUAGUGAAUUUUUACACUGAUUUAUAUAAUGAGAAUGGGGCGACGAAUGCUGAAGUUAUUAAUCCAAGAAAACAGAUUUCUCAGGAAGACAGUUGUGCAAUUGAUCAAUGUUUCACUACUGAGGAAAUAAAAAAUGUUACGAUGCAAUUCAAACCUGAUAAGGCUCCUGGACCUGAUGGUUUCCCUACUAGGUUCUUUCAGAAAUUUUGGGAGAUUGUUGGCCAAGAUGUGGUGAAUGGGGUCCUGCAUUUUUUCAAUAAUGGAAAUCUUCCAAAGGGAGUUAAUUCAACCUUUCUUACCCUUAUCCCUAAGAGUAAUCAUGGAGACAAAAUUGCAAAUUACAGACCUAUUACCUUGUGCAAUAUUACUUAUAAGAUUAUCUCUAAGUUGCUUGCUUACAGGUUGAGUUCUGUGCUGCCUAAUUUGAUAGGACCAGAACAGUCAGCAUUCAUCAAGAAUAGGAGACUUCAUGAUAACUUCCUGUUAGUGAAUGAUCUUGUCAAGGGGUUUGGUAGGAAGAAAGGAGAUCCUUCAGUGGCUUUAAAGAUUGCUAUUAAAAAGGCACUUCAAAGUCAUGGUUUCAGUGAGAAGUGGAUCACAUGGACAAUGGGGCGUAUUACUACAGCAAAUUUUUCUGUGCUCUGUAAUGGUGUCCCUGCAGAUGAUUUGGUUAUGGUGGUGAAAGCUGAAGUGGCCUCAAUCAAAGCUAUUGCAGAUAUUUUGACUCUGUUCAGAUCUUCUUCAGGGCUGCAAGUGAAUAAAGAAAAAAGCUCAAUUAUUUUCUCCAAAGCUGUGAGAGGCAGAAGAAGAUUAUCUAGAAUUUUGAAGUUUCAGGUUGAACAGUUUCCUUUCAAGCAUCUUGGGUUGCCUUUAUCAAAUAACAUUCUAAGAACUGGUGACUAUAGGAUCCUGCUUGAUAAAGUGGAUGCUAGGUUCCUUGGGAAGUUAAAAAUUUGUUGGAGAAAAGAUGUAAGCAAUUUUUAUGGAGUGGUAAACAAAACACCAAGAAGAUGGCUCAGCUUAAGUGGAGUUAAGUCACUCUUCCUGUUGAAGAGAGUGGUUUCAAUGUCAGAAAGAUUAGAGAUAUUGAUUUUGCAGCAAAGUUGUUUGGAAAUAUCUGGGGCUCCGAGAGAUGUUGUUGGACAAUGUGAAAUUUUAGAUUGGGGAUGGCACUCAGUUCAUGUUGUUGACAGACCCUUGACAGGACAAUCUUUAUUAUAG